CGCCCGCGCGCGCCCCCGGCGACGACCGCCCCCCAACGACCCUUACCUUCUACGGCCACGCGCCGCUUUGCCUCCGCCAUUUCCGCAUUUAGAAGCCAGAUAGUUUCUUCUUCUUUAAGCUGCCUGCCAGGAUACAUAUUUAAGCAGCGGGAAGGGAGUGAAAGAGGGGAUGGCGGCGGGCGGCGGCGCCGUUCGUGUGGAAGACGUACAUGAUGGUGGAGGACCCCGGGACGAACGGGGUCAUCGGCUGGGGCCGGGGGAACAACAGCUUCGUCGUCGCCGACCCCUUCGUCUUCUCGCAGACGCUGCUGCCCGCGCACUUCAAGCACAACAACUUCUCCAGCUUCGUGCGCCAGCUCAACACCUAUGGUUUCCGCAAGGUUGAUCCGGACCGGUGGGAGUUCGCGCACGCGUCGUUCCUGCGCGGCCAGACGCACCUCAUGCGCAACAUCGUCCGCCGCGGCAGCAGCGCCGCCGCGGGAGGAGGCGGCGGCGGCGGCGGCAAGAGGAAGGACGCCGGCUCCGCGGAGCCCUCCGCGGACGACAUGGCCAUGGUGGCCACGGAGGUGGUGCGCCUCAAGCAGGAGCAGCGCACCAUCGACGACCGGGUGGCCUCCAUGUGGCGCCGCGUGCAGGAGACCGAGCGCCGGCCCAAGCAGAUGCUCGCCUUCCUCCUCAAGGUCGUCGGCGACCGCGACAGGCUGCACCGCCUCGUCGGCGACGCCGCCGCGCCGGACGCUGCCGCCGGCGAGGCGGCCGCCGCCGCCGCCGCGGAGGGCGGCGAGAAGCGGGCCAGGCUGCUCCUCGACGGCGACGGCGGCAUCGGGUCCUUCGGCCCUGACGCCCUCGACUUCGCCGGGUUCUACAGCGGCGGCGGCGCGCUCGGCGACGCCGCCGUUGAUGCCGGCGGCGGCUCGUUCGCGUUCGGCGUCGACGCGGGGUACUGAGCGUCCUGCCGGCAUGCGCGCGCCGCCUGUGCCAGCCGCUUGGCGUCCCUUUUCGAGGCUGUGCACUGCCCAUUUCUUGCCACCGCCGUGGCUGCCGCUUUGGAACGCCGGAGAUCGGCGGCGGCCGGCGAUGACUGGGAGGGGCCUACAAGUCAACCGAUGAUAACUAUUUCAACCAUGUUCCAUGGAUGUCUAUUUGAAGCUUUUGGUGGAUCUAAUUUUAUGGGCCGGGGUGGCUCGAGUCAGUGUCGAGAUCAUCCAGGCUAAAUAAGGUACUACUGUGACGGGGUGUACCGUGAAAGUAGGUUUGCUGUUGUACAUGCAUGCUGAGCCAAGUCCACAGAGUGCAGCAGCACUAGAUAUUCCAAACUCUUGUAGACUUCCGUAUCCUAAGAUUGUUUGUGUAACAAUUGUCUCAUUUUUCAAAAUCACACUGCCCAAGUUUUCUGUCCU